GUGGAAGUGUCAGUCCGAAGUCCAGUUGCCUGCUGGUUUAGUGCUAUGCUUUAUUGCUUUGGUGGUUCAGUUUUGUCUUCGUUGAUGCUUGCAGAACCUCCAGUAGCAUUUCUUGCAAAGGGCACAAAUAUUCUACUGGCAUCUACAGUCUGGUAUCUUAUAUUUUACUGCCCGCAAGACAUAUUCUACCAGUGCUUUGCCUUUCUGCCACUUCGGCUUCUGGUUGCAGGAAUGAAAGAAGUAACUAGGACUUGGAAGAUAACAGCUGGGAUUGCACAUGCAGACAGUCACUUCAAAGACGCCUGGCUUGUCAUGGUAGCUGUGGGCUGGGCCAGAGGAGCUGGUGGUGGCCUAAUUUCCAACUUUGAGCAGCUGGUGAGAGGAGUGUGGAAACCUGAAACCAAUGAACUACUGAAGAUGUCCUACCCUGUGAAAGUAACUUUGAUAGGAGCAGUUCUUUUCACCCUGCAACACAGCCAGUACUUGCCAAUAGCAAGACACAACCUCAUGUUUUUAUACACGGUCUUUCUUGUUGUCUCCAAGGUAACAAUGAUGUUGACAAGAUCUGCAACUUCUCCAUUUGCUCCCUUUGAGGCUGCAUUAGGCCAUAUGUUCUUUGGCUUGCAAAAGACACCAUCCAAAGUGAAGGGUGAAGGUGCUGCCUCUUCCAAUGGCUCUUCAGUCUGUGACCAGUCUUCUGAACAACACUGUGAUGGUGUUAAGAAAAGACAGACAAAGAAAACAGAAUAAGUGGCUUA